GAAUAUGACACGUGUCCUAUUUAGGUGUUUGGACCAUUUCUAUUGGUUGGGAUGCCGUCGGGCCAAAUUCGACCUGACCCAACUAAUUUUACCCGACCCGAAAAUAUUUGUUUUAACUGGAGAAAUUAUUUCCCCCUUCGAAAAUAAAAUCAGCAAAAAAAAUUCCUCUGUUCUUUGUUCAUUGGCUGGAAAUCGGUGGUACCCGCCUUCAAUCUUUUGUUGUUCUUAAUUCUGUAAUUUGAGUGACAUUUUUCUAGGUAGAUUGAGUGUAAUUAUUUGCAGAAGAAGAAUAAAAAAGAUAAGUUUUAAUGGGGUUUUGGGAAUGCAGAUAAGGUGUUUGAUGAUUUGCUUAUGAGAGAAAUUAGACUUUUUUUUGAAGUUGUAAGAUGAAAGUUUCUAUACCAAAAUCACGUUGUUUCUCAUCAUCAUCAUUACCAUGGAUUUCUCCUCUUCACUAUCCUAAACCAAACCCAGUAAAGUCAGACCCUCCACCCCCACCUGAGCAAGAGUCUUACAAGAAAUCGCGGUAUAUCUCUCAUGAACGGGCAAUAGACUUGAUCAAACGUGAGGAUGAUCCUCAGCGUGCUUUGGAGAUAUUCAACAAGGUUUCGGAGCAAAGGGGGUUUAAUCAUAACAAUGCUACUUAUGCUACUAUCCUUAAUAAGCUAGCUAAGACGAGGAAAUUUAAUGGCAUUGAUGCUCUUCUUCAACAAAUGAUGUAUGAACCGGCGUGCAGGUUUCAUGAGGGUAUUUUUACUAAUCUUAUGAAGCAUUACUCCAAGUGUGGUAUGCAUGAAAAGGUGGUUGAGAUGUUUGAUUUGAUCCGGCCUUAUGUUAGGGAUCGGCCUUCACCUAAUGCAGUCAGCACGUGUCUUAAUCUCCUUGUGGAGUCGAACCAGAUGGAUUUGGCACGAAAGUUUUUGUUGAAUGCCAAGAAAAAUCAUAGAAUGAAGCCAAAUACAUGUAUUUAUAACAUCUUGGUCAAGUAUCAUUGCAGGCAUGGGAACCUUGAGUCGGCCAUUGAGGUUGUGAAGGAGAUGAAGAAAGAGAAAGCGUCUUAUCCCAAUGUGAUCACAUAUACAACACUGAUGGAUGGUCUAUGUCGGAGUGGAAAACUUAAGGAAGCAUUUGAUCAAUUUGAAGAGAUGAUCUCCAAGGAUCAGAUUGUCCCUGAUGCCUUAACUUACAAUAUCCUGAUCAAUGGUUUCUGCCGAGGUGGUAAGGUUGAUCAAGCAAAGAAGGUAAUAGAGUUCAUGAGGAAUAAUGGUUGCGCCCCAAAUGUGUUUAAUUACUCUGCCCUUAUGAACGGAUUAUGCAAAGAAGGAAGAAUUCAAGAAGCCAUGGAAAUGUUUGAGGAGAUGAAGGCUUUAGGUAUUAAGCUUGAUACGAUUGGCUAUACUACUUUGAUUAACUUCUUCGGCAGGGAAGGGAGACUUGAGGAAACGUUGCUGUUGCUCAAGGAAAUGAGAGAAGUGGGCUGCAAACCUGAUGCUAUAACUUACAAAAUUGUCAUCGAAGCUCUAAGUAGGCAACAGAGGUUCAAGGAAGCUCUUCAGAUGCUUGAAAUGUUACCUUAUGAAGGUGUCUUCUUAGACAAAGCUAGUUACAGAAUCACAUUGAAUGUUCUGUGCAGUGUUGGUGAAUUAGAAAAGGCUGCCUGGCUAUUGAGUUUGAUGCUUGGCAGGGGUUUCGUGCCUCAUUAUGCAACUUCAAAUGAAUUAUUGGUUCGAAUGUGUGAGGCUGGACGGGCAGAUGACGCUGUUACAGCGUUGUCGGAGCUGUUAGAGGCUGGUUUUAGACCAGAGCCAAACUCAUGGUUGCUUAUGUUGGAGACAGUUUGUCGGGAGAGAAAGCUCUUGCCUACAUUUAUACUGCUUGAUCAACUUGUUGAAGAUGUGAAUAACUGAGAUGGCAACAUAAUAAUAUAAACAUGAUGCUGCUGCUGCUGCUGCUGUAUUCUUCUUCUAUUUUAAUGACCUUCUUGGAUAAAGGCUACGAGGCCUAUGACUCCUGUGAUUAGGUAAUUCGAUUCUUUUCUAAUGCAAUCUUGAUUCAUCAUUAUUAUGAGAACUGUCGUGCAUCUUGAGGUUAGGCCCUCCUAUGACUUGGCCAAUUCGGCUAACUGCUUGUUUAGAAAAUAUUAGAGAUUACAUUGGAUUUUAAUUCUGUUCAAUCUUCGACGCUCAAUUCAGUAAUUUCAUGUAGGAGCUAAGCUCAUUUUAAAGAACCUAAGUUUACAAUCAAAACCAUGCUGAUAUUCCUUAUACUCCGUAUGCUAAACUCUGAUUUCCUGUCAUCUCCGUGCAUCU